CAAAACAACAACAGUUACUCAUAUCGACCGAAACAUCGUCAACCAGCUGAUCUUUUGUUAUCGCAGCCAAAUCAAUCCAGACAUCGGCCCAGACGGAGAGAAUAACGGUUUCUGUUGUACGCACUAUUGUUUUCAUCAUUCGGCGCACGGGAAACGAUGUCUUUCACAAAGGAAAUGCGCGUAGCUACACGGGACAUUCACAACGUUAGCGAUGCAUUGGUUAAUGCAAAACUUGCUUUCGCCCUUUAUGACAGUGGAGUGUGGGCGGAAGGUCUGCUAAUAUUCUACGACAUCUUCAAAUAUCUCGAGGAAAAUGUAUCGCAUGACUUCCUGCCGGAGGAAUAUCACCGAACGCAACAGUUUGAAGAAGAUUUAACUUUCUACUUGGGUGCCGAUUGGAAGUCCAAGCACCAGCCCCGCAAAGAAGUCUGCGAUUACAUCAAACAUCUCGAGCAGCUGCAAGGGGAAAAUCCCAAUCUACUGGUGGCUUAUGUCUAUCAUCUGUACAUGGGACUACUUUCUGGGGGUCAGAUUUUACAGAAACGAAGAAACUUUACUAAGAAGUUCAAUCCCUUUGCCAAUGGAAACGGUGCUAGAGGCGCAGCGUUGACGACGUUUGAGGAGCACAGUAUCUACGAAUUGAAGCAAAAAAUGAGGAAAACCAUCGAUGAGUUUGGCGACGGUUUGGACGAGGACACACGAAAGCGAAUGAUGGACGAAAGCCGGAAGGUGUUCGAAAUGAACAAUGAAAUAAUCAAAACGGUCAAGGGAGUUAACCGUGCAAAUAUUAAAACAAUAGUUUAUGUUAUAGUUUUGAUAAUUCUAUACUUUGUUUUGAAACAAUUUAUUUUAAAAUAAUAUUAGAAUACAAUUGAAACAGGAAACUGUUCAAAAUGUGAUAAAUAUUGGAUACUAGUAGUUCAAUAUCUUUAGUAGAUGGAAGCGAAAAUUAACUCCAUAUUAUAAUUGUAUUUUUCUGGUUUUAGUA